AAGCACAGUUGCAUCAGACAACAAAAAGCGAGCAGUGCCGUGGAAGAGAGAGAGUGGGGCUCGAUCCAGACUUGAUGGCUAGCGCUAUUUGGCGAAAGACUCCGCGACUCGUGUUCAACGAUAAAGAGGACGACAGCUACGAGCAUAAACUGCCGAGCGAACCUCAGAGCGAACCUGUCGCCGAUGGAGAAGUAAGCUGGAUAGAGCUAUAUAGCUAAUCGUACUCAUGCACACAGUCGGUAAGUUUAUAUCUCUGAUGCAGAGAGGUCUUUCAUUAGCUUGGCGUGCUAAUGGUAUAUACCCUAGCCACUGUCACUAAUUUUUGCGUUUGCGAUUGUCCGUCGUUUUUGCAGCAAGUUGAACUAGACUGGAUCAAAGUGGACAAGUCGCAUGCCUUCAAGACCGUGUUUCUCGGAGACCCGAACGUGGGCAAGACGUGUCUGGCUCGCAUGUUCGUAGACAGGGAGGUACUGGAGCAGUCGUGCAAUACCAUCGGGUUCGACCAUCACGUGAAACAAAUCCAGGUGGAGGAAGGACUGCAAGUCAAGCUACAAGUAUGGGACACGGCAGGCAUGGAGCAGUUCAGAAAUGCCCUAAUCACCAAAUACUACAGAAACGCAGACGGAAUCAUCCUUGUCUACGACAUCACACGAAGACAGACCUUCGAGAACAUUAACCUCUGGGUCAACGAAGUUCGGACGUACGUCGGGCUUGAAAAGGUCAAGGUGGCAUUAAUUGGAAACAAGCUGGACCAGUCAUCGUCCAGACAAGUGACUCCGGUGGAGGGACAAGCGCUAGCGGACAGAUACGGAAUGUCGUUCUACGAACUCUCGGCCAAAGACGCGAAACAGCUGCCGAAAUUGGAGGGGAUAUUUUCGACGCUCGCCCGGAGCAUGUUUGAAGAGAGGCAGAGCCGGGAAGUGACGCUGUCUCGUUCCGGGAUCAUCCUUCUGGCGCAGGAACCAGAGGAUUGGAUCCUGGUCGAUGCCCCCGACGGCCCCAUCCCUCGCUCCACAUACGCCGCACAGGAAAUGAAGGCACGACUCCAGACCCUGGUCCCAAAACGGUUCCGAAAAACGGAAGACGAGGAGACGACUGGGAGAAGGGGGCAGGGCAGUAGAGGUGGUGGCCACACCCCUUCACAGAGGGUCCGUAACAGUGGCAAAUGCUCUUGUCUCUAACAUAUCGCAAGGCCUAAACAUAUCGCCCAUUUGUUUUGUGUUUUUAAACUCACCUCCUUCAUCUCAGUUCUGCUCAUCUGACGAAAUCUCACUUUGUGUGUGUUUGUGUCACGAUUUCAAAGUUUAACAACAUCAACUAUAUAUUCACUUUUUGAACAUUGAUCAUGAUCUGUGACUCAGUGUAAAAAAUGAUUGUGAUAAAAAGAUUCAGACUGAAGUUGUUUUAGGCGAGAGGGGAUGCCCCUGUUCGUUAGUCACUAAUUGCCUGGCUCUGGGGCUCAGUACAGGAGUCUGUUCGUACUCUCCAACGUUCAGAGGCUCCAGGUUGUCUAGAGUGAGGUUUUGCUGAGGCAACUGUCUUCUCCCGCCAAUAAUUGGCUCCAUAUCCACUCCUCUCUCUCUUCCUUCUCUCUCUCCACCAACUGUCCCUCCUUGUUCUUCCCUUUCUCCUCUUCCUCUCUCUCCAUAUUCUUCCUCGGAGUGAAGUCCAACCGUUUCCCCGUUUUCAGACGAAACGUUUCCUCCAUCAGUAGCAGUUUCUCCCGGUUGGGGAGAGUUCUCUAGAUCAGAAUGAGGAGUGGGUGAGUGC